AUGGUUGAUCAAAUUGAGUCAUGUUCGCCUAAUACGUUGGUACAAUGUCGAAUAUGUCACGAUGAAGAUGAAGACUUAAACAUGGAUACACCUUGUUCUUGUUCUGGUACAUUGCAGUAUGCUCAUAGAAUAUGUGUGCAAAGAUGGUGCAAUGAGAAAGGUGAUACUACUUGUGAGAUCUGCCAACAGCAAUUUAAAGGCUACACUGCUCCUCAAGCUCCUUUGUUUCACUAUAGGGGCAACUGGGAAAUUCCAAGAGUUGGUUUCAAUAAUCAUCAAUUCAUAGCAUUGUUUCCUGCUAAUCAUGAAUUUCUAGACUUUAAUUUUGAAUAUUCAGCUCCCUCUACAAGGAGCCGCGUGUUCAUUCGCAUUGUUACCAUCAUUUCAGGAAACAACAUCAGUGAGAAGGCUUAUAAGGAUGGAAGAACAAUGGUGGAGAGUAAGACAGCAGACCUGAGAUCUCAAAUCAGGCGAAAAGGUGACACAAACCAAGCUUCAAGUAUAAGGAAUCCAUGGCAGCAAUCAGAUCAGACACAGUCUCAUUCUAAUCAUGAAACACAACUUAAGCAAUCCCGAGACGUGGCAUUGGCAACAGCAGCAAAAGCAAAAUUACUUCUUCGUGAGCUAAAAACCGUUAAAGCGGAUUUAGCAUUUGCUAAAGCGCGCUGUGCUCAACUUGAAGAAGAAAAUAAAUUACUCAGGGAACGAGAAGGAAGCGAUAAGGGACUUAUCCGUGAUGAUGAUGAUCUGUGCAGGGGAAGAGGGUCGCCACUCUUUUGGAUUGGUGUUGGUGUUGGGUUUUCUGCACUAUUUUCAGUGGUAGCUUCAAGAUUAAAGAAAUAUGCAAUGCAACAAGCUUUAAACACCAUAAUGGGCCAGAUAAAUACACAAAAUAAUAAUCCAUUUGACAGUGGUGCCUUUUCCCCUGGAUCUCCCUUCCCCUUUCCCAUGCCUUCAGCUUCAGGGCCCGCUACACCUGCUGGCUUUGCUGGUAAUCAAUCUCAAGCAACUUCUGCAAGAACUACCUCUCAAUCUACUAUCACGGUAGACAUACCUUCAACCAAAGUAGAAGCAGCAGCCUCGGCCCCAGACAUUAAUGUUAAAGAAGAAGUGGGAGUAAAGAAUGAACCAAAAAAAUCUGAUGUGUCUCCAGAAGAAACUGUGCAGAAGAAUGCUUUUGAAAGAUUUAAAGAUGUUGAUGAAUCAAGUUCAUUCAAGGAAGCCUGUGCUCUAGCUGAAGCUUCUCAAAAUGGAGCUCCUUUUAACCAAGGUUUUGGCAAUUCACCCGGUUCUCUAUCUGCACGUAAGUAA